AUGGGAGCGUGUCCCAGGCAUUAUACCCACUUGGUGGUGGAGUUGGCAUUUGAACACCUGAUCGUUGGCAGCAGUUCUCCGGGUUGGACAUCCAAGCUUCAAGAACUUUUCUGUGUGUGUGGGGCCCUCAAGCGAGCUCGACUGGUCCAUCCUGGGGUAGCAGAGGUGGUGUUUGUGAAAAAGGACGAUGCCAUCACCGCAUACAAGAAGUACAACAACCGGUGUCUGGACGGGCAGCCGAUGAAGUGCAACCUUCACAUGAAUGGGAACGUUAUCACCUCAGACCAGCCCAUCCUGCUGCGGCUGAGUGACAGCCCAUCGGUGAAAAAGGAGAGUGAGCUGCCUCGCAGGGUGAACUCUGCCUCCUCCUCCAACCCCCCUGCCGAAGUGGACCCUGACACCAUCCUGAAGGCACUCUUCAAGUCCUCAGGGGCCUCUGUGACCACGCAGCCCACAGAAUUCAAAAUCAAGCUUUGAGCAGGGGAGUGAGGCAGCUGGAAGUGGGGGCAGAGGAGGGUGGCUCUGUUUCCCCAAGGCAAAGCUUAUGACCAAUGGGCCAUCGGACUGGAGACCCCUGAUUGUGGGAAGGGUCACCAGGGGUAAAGAGCUUCCUCACUGGAUGGGACCCGCAUUUCUGUGUUGUGUUCUGCCAUGUGCUUUCUCUGUACGUUAACGUUUCCUGUAGUAUGUUUCUUCUCCAUCUCAUCACCAAGUUAGGCGUGUGUUUUUCAGUGUGCCUCCGCCAGCCUCAGCCCCAAGCUGAUUUCUUAUCUGGAAAUGGUACACUGAAUUCUCUGGGUGGCUUUCUUGUGGCCCCAUGGGAUGCAGGGCGGGGGCUGUCUGAAGGACCCUGCUUUUUCCAGGGGCCGACGGGCUGCCUGUCCUUUGUGUGUAUUAAGCUUUUCAGACAACGGAGGGGAUGGAAAACCCUGGUAUCCUCAUGGGAGCCAGGUCGGCCUGAGAGCUGUGCCGCUCCUCUGCCUGGUCAUUGGAGGUGCCUGGGUGGGGAGCAGGUCUCAGGCCUCUUGUCCUCUCCCCAGUGGCUCCAGGCCUCACUAAUGGCAAGGGCAGGAUGAGGCUCACCGCUGGGAAGAGUGUCCAAGCUCUUGGCUUGGAGGCCCGUGCUGUCUCCGCCCAGAGGAAGUUCUCCAGAGUUCACCUUUCCCUUUUCCUUGAGUUGUGCUGAAUGCCCUGCCCCAGCUCUCUUUCCCUUCUGGGUGUCUCUGCUAGGAGGGGGUUGUGUUGUGAGCCCUCCUGGUUCUCACCUCGCCUGGCACUCAUCACACCCUGGUUUUGUGCAGCUGCCAGCUCUCCUCUGGUUGGGCCUUUCAAAGGUUCAACCUCCCAUUCUGCAAUGCUGUGGGUUUGGAGCUUAUUUGAAUGGAAGAGGUCGGUUUGCUCCUGGCUCUCCAUUUCUGGCCUAAGUUGUCUACAGGACAGUGGUCAGGAGUGCCUGGAGGCAUAUAUCCAGCUGCCACCAAGGGGCACUGUUUGUUCCCACUUACGUGAGUGACCCAUCCAUCCAUGACCAGAGGGUUAUUUUCCUGCCUUGGCAGAGGAGGAGUCAAGGGAGCAGGGCAGCUCUACCAGGCAAGCUGUUUCCCCAGUAUAGGCACAGGCAGUUGGGACAAAACUAUAGAGCCCAGGGGCAGUCCCUGAAUGACCAGGCCAGUGUUGUCCCUGGUGUCACUGAGUGGUCCCCUGCUGGUUUGCUGGGAAUGAAGGGAAUCCAGGCUGGUAGAGCUGGAACCAGUUGGGGAGCACAGUUCUGGGAGCUCUGCAAAAUCAGUAGCAAGUGCUGGGAAAGGCGCAUGCCAGAGAUACUCAAGAGUUCCCGAGACUUGCUUGAGGCUGACCCAGUGAAGAAAAACUCAGAGACUCAUGUUUCCAGAGGUCAGUCAGUCAGGCAGGAAGGACCCAGGGUUUGAACUCAGCUUCAGUCUGCAGACUCUGAGGCUGUCCAGGCCGGGAAAGUCCAAGGAAGGGGCCUGGUGGUGCUCCACUUCCAGUUCUUUAAAGAAUGCUGCUUUUUAUUCUCUUAACCCCUUCAAGUGGGUGCAGACUUCUCGUUAGCAGCUGGAAGACAUUCCUCCCACACUUUACCCUUCCUGGCCCAAGAGAGCAUCCAGAAGGCAGUAGGACCUGGCUUUUCAGGUACUGGGAACAGGGGACUCAGUGCUUGGACUCUGCUUAGGGUGGGGACGGUAAAUAUCCUGCCUGCAUGGCUUUACCCUCCCUCUGAUCCCAAAGCAGGGAUCUUCUGGUUGUCACAGAGUUUGAUUGAGUCCAGCUGCAGCCAUGUGGCCAUCUGGAGCUGGUGCUGUAGGUGACCAUCUGGUACAUUGAGGGGACCUGUUUGCCGCCUCCACUCUAUAAGCAGUAAUCUUGGGAGACCGGGAAGAGAAGGUGGUGGGCUAGUCCUGUGUCCUCCUUCACUUCCCAUGCCCCUGUGUUACCCGUCUGUGUCUCCCGUGCAGAAGGAGAGGAAGAGGCAUUAAGGGACGAAGGGUGAUUAUGUAUUAUCCAUUUCUGAAUAAACAUUUGGUAUUCCUA